CCUCUCCUUCCUCUCACAAUCCUCCUCCAUUUCCUCAAUUCUUCUUCUUCUUCUUAAAUACUUUUCUCUCCUCCAAUUAUCGCAGAAUGCUUCCAAAAUUCAAGAGCUCCUCUGUCAAUCCCUCCUCCGAUGUUGGAUUACUAAUCUUGAUACAAACUUCUCAUGGAAAAUCUAAUCUCGUUAUUCAAUCUGCCUUGAAAUCAGUCCAACCCACUUCUCAGUCUACUGAGUUUUGCUACCUCAAAUCAUGUCAUCUCUGCAACAAGAAGCUGAGUCUAGACAAAGAAGUAUAUAUGUACAGAGGUGAUCGAGGGUUUUGCAGUACAGAAUGCAGGAACCGGCAAAUUGUAGUGGAUGAAGUGAGAGAACUAGAAAUCUCUACCAAGCAAAUGAUAGCUUCGUAUAGAAAUUGCAGUGGUGGCGGUGGUGGUGGGGGACGAGAGACUGGCUCACUGCUUGAAGAUCUCCACCGGCAAAACAAGCCGCCGACUCACCGGAACCACUGGGCUAUAGUCUCUUAGUUUUAAGAUCCAUUAACACUUUGUUUCUUGUCAACUGAAUUAGACAAUGAAAGACGGAUGUUGGAAAAGUGAAGAUUAGUUUUUUUUGUAGGAUAUAUACUUUUAUAUACCAACAAUUAAUAGAUAUUUGUUAAAGCAAUAUCUUACAUUUCUUUCUUCGA